AUGUUAUUUGUGUGUAUACAGAUACUAUUCGUUUGUUGUAAACUUGAGAAGAAAAAGGGUAAAGACGAUAUUAAAGAUAAGACAACAGAUAAGAAAGCUAUAAGUUCAUCGAAAAUUUACAAAAAGGAAAACAUUAAAAGUAAAAAUAACGAAGAAGAUGAUGAUUUAAAAGAGUCUAAUAAGAAAAAUAAAACGGUGAGAAAGAAUAAAACAGGCGGUGAAAACAGUAAAAAUGAAAAAGAGAAGUUAUUAAAAUCUUUAGCUAAAGAAGAUGAUAAUAAUACUGAAAACAAGAAGAAUGAUAAAGGUAAUAAAGUUAAACAUACGCCAGCAAGUGAGUUCGAUUUUGAUGACUUGGAUGAAAAGAAUGCAGCUACUGAUAUAGAAAAGAAACAUCAUCUUAAAAUAAAACCAAAGAUGAAUAAUGUAAUAUCUAUUAAAUCAAUGGUUAUAUUUAGCAAAGGAGAUAUUAUAAAUUCUACAAAGAAGGUUGAUAAGAAUGCAGCUAAAGAUGAUGAGGAUGAAGAUAGUGAAGAAGAUGAUGACAAAUCAAAAUUAAAAGGAAAUAAAACCAAGAUGAAUAAAAAAGAUGAUGAAAAUAAAAAGAAUAAGAAAAAUGAUGAAAAUAAAAAGAAUAAGAAUAAGAAAGAUGAUGAAAUGAAGAAUAAAAAAGGAAAAAAUGAUGAAAAAGAGUCUAAAAACAAGAAAGAUAUGAAAACCAAAAAUAAUUUUAAAAAGAAUCAUUUAAGUAACUUUUUACAAAAUACCUUUGUUAACCCAUUAUUAAACGCCACAGAGAAGAAUUUAAAUAAAAAGAGAAAGAAAGAUUCAUUAGAUGAAGAAAAUAAAAAAGGUAAAAAGAGUAAGAAAAAUUCAUUAGAUAAAAAUAAGAAAAGUAUAAGUAAAAAUAAAAAUAAAUCUAAAGCAAAAGAAGAUGAAGAAAAUAAAGAUAAAGUUUAUAAAUCAACAAUAAUAGAUAUUGGAGAUUCAGUGAAAGACCCGUCAAAUUAUGAUUCAAGACAAAAGAUAUACAAUCAAAUAGAAAGUUCAAAUAACGUUAAUUCAAUAGAUUUAAGUCAAUUGAAUGAUAAAACGCUUAAAGCAGAAAUUGAGAAGAUUAUGAAAAGUAACAGUAGUGAAGAACAAAAGAAAAAGAAAAUACUAAACAAAUUAACAUUUGAAACCUUUACAUUGGAUUUGGAUGAUUUAUUAACAAGAGAAACAUCAGUAAUUGAAAUGAUAUUAGUAGAUGUGAAUGGUAAAGAGAAAUUAGUUCAAACAGAUGAAAUAAAGAAGAAGAGUGAUGGCUCAUAUAGUAAGGGUGGAUCAUCUUGGUAUUCUAGUUGGUGGUUUAUACUUCUAAUUACCUUAGCUGCUAUUGCUGUUGUUGUUAUCAUUGCUUUAGUAUGCAGCGGUACAGAUUAA